AAGGAGGCGCACACCGUCCGACAGGUGUGCUCCUGAGCUCCGGUUCCAGUGUGGGCCGCCCUGUGGCAGCAUGGAGGACGAGUCCCGGCCGCUCCUGUUCGCUGUUUGACCUGAUCGGCCAAUCGCCUGCCUCCUGUGUGACCCCACCAGUUAAACUCCUGAUAUUGAUCAAAUUAUCGAUCUGUCAUCUGAUUCAGACCCUUCGAUGAUCCAGGACUUAGAGAACUGAUACCUGCUAUAGAUUGCUGUUGCUGGAUUAUUGAUCACAUCUGAACCAGAGCAGCAGUUGAUAAAAGAAUAUGUGUGAAAUGUAAAUGGGCUGAAAACCUCCAGAGACAGCUGAAGCUUUUGUCAUCUAAUUAAGCUGAGUUUUACUGGUCAGCUGACACUUUACAAAGGCUGUGAUUGGUUGGCGAAGCAGGGAAGCUCUCCCUUAUUUCUCAAAGGAUCAUUGUAGGGAAAAAAGCAAAAGGCCGAUCAAUGGCAGAGUCAGAACUGAUUCAUUACACUGAUGAUGUCCAAUCCCAUGUGGAAGUUAACGUGAUUACGAUGAAUCCCCCUAAUCCGAGGGUUGCCAAUGGUAACCCGACCAGCCUCACCGCCUCGCCGGCGCCCCCAGCUGACGCACACGACGGCAAAAGCCAGCAAGAGGGCAGCAAACUGAGCAGCCUGUUGAGACAGAACCAGUUGAUCCACUCUCUGAGCAGCGGACUGAGAAAACACUGCGACUACGUAAAGAUCACCGUGCCGGAGGAACGCGCAAACCGCCUCCCUAAGGAGUGGUGGAAGACCGGCGUGGCCUUCCUCUACGCCCUGUUCAACCUCAUCUUCACCACAGUCGUCAUCACCGUCGUCCACGAGAGGGUGCCGGACAAGUCGGUGAGCCCGCCUCUGCCGGACAAGUUCUUCGACUACGUGGACCGAGUGCCCUGGGCCUUCACCGUCACCGAGGUCAACGGGCUGAUCCUGGUCGGACUCUGGCUCAUCCAGUGGCUCUUCCUCAAACACAAAGCCAUCGUGGCUCGCCGCUGUUUCUUCUUGAUCGGGACUCUCUACAUGUAUCGCUGCGUCACCAUGUACAUCACCACCCUGCCCGUGCCCGGAAAACACAUGGUCUGCGCUCCGAAGCUGUACAACGACUCGACGGGCAAAAUAUGGAGGAUUUUGAGGCUGAUCUCAGGAGGAGGUUUGUCUCUGACCGGCUCUCACCUGAUGUGUGGUGACUUCCUGUACAGCGGCCACACUGUCAUGUUGACGCUGUCCUACCUCUUCAUCAAGGAGUACUCUGCUCGCUGGAUGUGGUGGUACCAGUGGCUCUGCUGGCUGCUCAGCGCCUCGGGGGUCAUCUGCAUCCUGAUUGCUCACGAGCACUACAGCAUUGACGUGGUGGUCGGGUACUUCGCCACCACCAGGACCUUCUGGUGGUACCACACCAUGGCCAACACGCAUUCACUGCGUGAAGCUCCAAAUAAUUACCUGUCGAGGACGUGGUGGAACCCAGUCUUCAAUUUCCUGGAGAGGAACGUCCAGACGACGGUUCCCAUCGUGUUCUCGUGGCCGGUGGCCCUGCCCUCCUCCUGCAGGCAGCGGUACAGGAUGGUGGAGGGGGGGAGGGACGAGUGAGGACAGGGACCGGACAACUGGCCCAAGCAUCCUUAUCCUGGAUUAACGAACUUUAGCAUCAUUAUCAUUUCCGGCUCUCCCCUGCAUACUGAGGAAGAAACGCUGAGAGGAGGAGCAAGACGUUACAUUACUAUGAUCACCUGGUAUUUAUUUAUCAGCUAGUUUAAGCCACAAAACAGCACUAAUGCUGUUCCUCCUGAAUCUGAAGUGACGAGUCGACGUUCAACACUGUCAAGAAAACAAGUGGUUUUAACUCACCUGAGAGUCGAAUUAAAUCCACAAGUCGUUAGAAAAUUAGCUUCACAUCUUUGUGUCUUUGGUACACCAUUGUUUUUUUGAUCCAUGCAUGUUUUCUGACAUGACAAACAUCGCUGUCUGCAUCUAAUUGUAGGUUUAAUAGCUUUCAGAUGCCAUAAAAGUUUCCUCACGUGCCAUGAAUCCAGCCUCUGGUCUGGCUACUACGUUUGGGAUUCUGUCACGAUGGAGUUCAGGUUCAAACCAGCUUCUGAAAAUGGACCUCAGAUGUCAACGUGAAGGCUGCUAACUGCUAGCUAAAGCUUGUGAUACACUUGCUUUUUACAGAGCAUAUGUGUAGGCAAGCAGCUGUGAUACCAGUGUUACUGUUCACAUGCUUUCUGUGUGCUUCAUGUGAAUCUGGAGGAUUUUUAUCCAUGGACCAACACCAGAGUGUCUUCAAGGAGAACUUUGGAUUUUCCACAAUCAAAACUAAACAUGGUCACGUAAUGCCGCCAGUUUCCCGUUAUUGUUGUUGCAGCAGCAGAGUAAUUGAUAUACCUGAAACAUGCUAGCAUGAAGAAGUUUUGAGACAGGAGACCACCUUUACGAUACCAAGAAACUUUGAUACCUAGCCCAAAACACAACACCAAAGGACUUGUCAGCAUGUUAGCAGGCUAGCAGGAGGACAUUGUGAGACACGAGAAUAUGUUUGAAGGACAAGGGAGAGAAGAAUGGCAGAAAAGGAGCAAUCAGCUCUCUUCUUUUGGUAAAACAUGGAUGUUGCUUUAGCUAGGUGGCUGGUGCUAAACACAAACCAUCGGUGGCUUUGAUUGGGCUCGGAACACGUUGCCUCUGGUACGUCUUCAAAACAGCUAAAACAAGUGCCAAACAGAUGUUUCUUUCACCAAGAAGUGGAGUGAAAUUUUCUGCUAAUGAAUUUGGUGCAGUCAGCUAGCUCAUUAGCCUAAACGCUCAUUAGGCUUACCGCCAACAAAGCCAAAAAUACAUUUAGCAGACAUGAAAGGCAAAUGAACCACCUCCAGUGUUUUUAUUGAAAUCAUUUUUUUUAUUUUUGAGACUUAGGACCAAAGAUACGUUGCUAGCAACUUAGCAUUCUCAGUGUUACCUUCAGUUUGGUCUUCAUAUGAGAGUGAUUGUUUAUGGCACUGACUUGGGUUCAGUUAUCCACAUUGAAGCCAGUGUUACAGUUCUCUUCUUGUAAGGACAGUUUUGUUGUUUAGCAUCCAGGGAGGGUAAAAGUUUCACCUGCCAACAAAGAAAACUGAGAGUAAAAAUGCAAACAUUUAGAUGACUAAUUCUGACUGUGCUGUUUGUAAGCAAGCCAGCUAGCAGCUAGUAGCUAAACUGCUAGCGACUUAACAUUCCAAGUGCUAACUUGUGUCCUUAUCAGUUUGAGACUUCAUAAGUAUGUUUGAUAAGAAUUGCUGCCCUCUGUGCUUGAUUAUUGAUGUUUAAGUUAUAAGUCAAAAUGUAAAGUAUCGAGACUCUGAGCCCGCAGUGGUCUGUAUCUGUUGUUUUGGGUUUUGUUUUUUUUUUUUUGCUGUUGUUCUCUUAAGUCUCUGCCAUUCGUUAUUGUAAAAUGAAUGUGUGACAGUAGCUGCCUGUAAACUAAAACUCCCUGAAACUGCUGCUGAUUUAAAGUCGGAUUAAUGAAGGUUGUUGCUCCUUAGUUAUAUGAACAUGUUCCCCGAUGUUCCACGUUCUCAGAGUUCAUUAUAUUUGGUUGAAGUUCGACGUGAACAAAAUGUGACUAUCAGAUGUUUGAUUUCAUAAUAAAAUCAUUUUUCAUGACCCUU